UAAUUUUGUGUUUUUUGAAACCCUCUUCUUGAGCUGGAGACUUCUCCCACAUAAAAACCUUCUUCUUUCUUUUUCCUCAUUAACCAAAACGUGAAAGAGACAAAUUAAAACCCUUUUGUCGCCGGCGAUAAAAACCUUAGCCGUCGAAGUGAUUCGCCGCCUCCUCCCGUUUCGCGAAGCCUCAACCUUGAUUCUUCCUUGUCGUGGUUCAAACUUCUACGGUUCAAAAAACUAAUAACACAAACAUGUGCUUUAAAGUUGGAACUUGAAGACUUGAACAAAUACAACACAGUCACCACAUAGGUUUUGAUCUAAUAGUUUACCUCCUCAAUGGAAGAAAAACCAUGCAGUUCCAGUACAGGCACCGUUAAAGAGUUUCCCAAACGUCUCCUAAGACAUGGUAGUGAGCCUGAAGUUAGGCAGAUUAACAACAACUAUAAAAUGUCUAUCCUCAACAAAAUCGAAGAUGCUUUGCCAAGCGAGUACAAGAAGGUGAAGGAAGAUCCCGUGUUUGCACAUGUAUUGAAGAUACAUGAAAAUGGUCUUGGAUAUUCUGGUCGUUUGAUACACAGCAUGAUGUGUAGACAAUUGGUAACAAGGAAGAAACAUGAACUCUGGUUUGUGUUUGGGAAUAAGCCUCUUAGAUUUUCUCUUCAAGAGUUCUACGCAGUGACUGGUCUCAAAUACAAGGACGACUUCAGUUAUGAUUUGGAGAGUUGGAAAAAUGAUGGAGGCUUUUGGAGCAGAUUGUUGGAAAGAGAUGACAAGAUUUGCAUUAAGACGCUUCUUAAUAAGCACUUAGUAGCAGUUCACACGUGGGAGAAAGUAGACAGGAUCAGAUUUAUCUAUGUGUGCGUUAUAGCUGGCUUGGUGAUGGCUAGAGAUGAGAAGAAAGAUAUCCCUACAUUAUACAUCAAGUUGGUUAUGGACCUUGAAAAGCUGAGGGCGUAUCCUUGGGGUUUACAUUCUUAUGACUACCUAGUCAAGUCGAUUACCAAAGUAAAGACAGACUUGAAGAAAGAAGUAAGCUACCUUCUUAAUGGUUUCUCACUUGCUCUACAGAUUUGGGCUAUGGAAGCGAUUCCUUCGAUACAAUUCUUAUUUGGACAUAAGCUUAACAAGGAAUUAGGAGCAGUCCCUAGAUGUUCAAACUGGAAAGGGUUAGCAAGGGUCUCAUAUUAUCAAAUUAUCUUGAUAGAAAACUCAAUGACAGCAAAGGAUAUUGUCUACCCCUACAUUUCUAUUACUGGAAAUUAUGAUGUUCAUGAGUCAGCAGACUUCAUGAGGCUAGGCGAGAAGAAGGAUGAAUCAAUCAAAAACUUGAACAACUUGAUCAGAUCUGGUUUUGAUUUUGCUGAGUUUGAAUGGGAAGAUAUUGAGAUUGAUGCUGUCGAAGAAAAGAAGAUAGAAGAAGAGAAUAUAGAAGAAGAGAAGAUAGACCAGCCUUUAGACGAAGAUAAAUAUGUGGAAGGCCAAACAGACACUCACAGUGAUGACAAAGAAGCUGCAGAUGUUAUUGAUGGUGGUAACAUAGUGACUAGUUUGCAGACACGUCAUAAGGAACAACCGACAUGUUCGAAGAAGCGAAAGAAGGAGGCUGACCGUGGUGCUGAGAGUCAGAAAAUGAGACUUUUAUGUCAGAGAGCCGCAACGAUGACUGGUUUUGUUGAAGGGAUGAAGUCAUUCAUCAAAGAAAUGUUCGAAACUUCGUUCAUGCAAUUUGGGCAAGAAAUAAACAAGAGAUUGGAGAAGGUACAUGAUGAUGUAUCAUCACUGAAGGAUGAUGUAUCAUCACUGAAGGAAACAGUGACUGCUAUGGCUGAGACUUCGACAAAAGAAAAGGCAAGAUCAUUUAAGUCAAAGGCAGUGGAUGAAAAUUGUAUGUUUGAUGAAUACAUUACUCAAACGGGUGACAUAGACCUCAACUGCAACUUGACUACGCAAGAUUUCCUUCAGAGAGAAAUGGGACAUCUUUCCCAAAAAACACAGGUACCAGAUUUUGAUCAGUCACAAGGAUUAUUUCGAGAAGAUGUCGUCCCGCGACAACGCCAUAACUACAGUUCGGAGUUUUUGGACUGGAGAUGUAAGGGGGACUCGGGUAAAAAUGACGUUGACGCAGUUUUGGUUUAUUUAUCUGAAGCUAAAUGGGAUGCUUUUACAGAAUGGCAAAUGAACCUUUCUCGCGAGGAUCCUAAGCUCGGUCCAUCUCUACUUACUAAUGCCUUAUUUGAUCGAGUUAUAAAUCCCAAGAAUUGGCUAGGCAAUCACGAAAUUGAUGCAAUGUUGUUUUUACAUCGGGAAAAGACAUCUAUAGGCCGACUACAGUUAGAUCGUGUUGGUUUUAUGAAUUGCAUGUUUAGUACUCGAAUCAAAACCGAAUAUGAGAGGUAUUUGAAAAAUAAGAAGAGCCACAAAUGGGAUAGUCGGCUUCUUUCUUACGUUUACGGUGAGAACCCAUCUCAUGGAAUGACGUGUAAACGUUGGGCUAUGGAUGUCGACAGAAUUUAUGCUCCGGUCAACAUCAAUAAUAGUCAUUGGAUUUCUAUUUGCAUUAACUUUGCUUUAAGAACAAUUGAAGUCUUCGAUUGUAACGCCGGCCACAACAGAAGGUACGUGGAACCAUUCGCAUACACGAUUCCUCGGAUUUUGAAAGAAGUACACUCGAAGGUAUAUGGGAAAGUUCCUCUGUUGACACAAUAUGAGAUCAUACCCGUCAAGGUGCCCCCUGCUCUAAAUAGUUCUCAGAGUCACUGCGGAGUAUAUGCGUUGAAAUACAUUGAGUGUCAUAUGCUUGGGCUAGACAUGGAUUUGAUAACCGAUGAGAACAUCCAAGAGGCGCGUAUGAAGAUUGCAGUAGACCUUUGGGAAGCUUCAAAUGAUCCUGUCUUAAUUGAGCAAAUGAAAAACUACAAACCUCCACAAUUAUCUUCCGAAACCAUAGAAAUCGAUUGAGAUCGUUUGGAUUUUAUUAUGACUAUUUUGGGAUGUUUUUUGAUUGCAUUGAAUUUGCACUUAGAUGUCUAACAUUGGAUUACGUUUCUUUAUUUUAUGGUUCUUAUUAAUCUAAUAUCAUUUUUAGUUUA